UUUUAAUAAAAAACAUCCAAUUCUUCUUCACUCCAAUCAUCACCUCACUAAACUCAUUUUUGAACGCGAUCACAUUCGUCAUAUGCAUGCUGGACCGCAAUUAUUACUAUCAUUAAUUCGUGAAUCUAUUUGGCCAAUCAAUGGUCGAUGUCUCGCACGAAACACAGUGCAUAGAUGCAUAACAUGCAGACGUCAUCAAGGAAGGCCUCUAAAUCCUAUAAUGGGCAACUUACCUGUACAAAGAGUUAUGCCAGAUUUUCCCUUUAAAACUGUAGGCAUUGAUUUUGCAGGUCCAUUCUAUAUACUUAAUAAGAGGGGGCGCGGGGCGCGAACAAUCAAGGCAUAUUUGUGUUUAUUUAUAUGCUUUCGUUUUAAAUGUUUGCAUUUAGAAGCUGUCAGCGACCUAUCUAAAUAUGGUUUUUUACAGGCGCUUCGCAGAUUUAUAUCUAGGCGUGGAAAACCUUCUGAAAUAUUCUGUGAUAACGGAAAGAAUUUCGUCGCGGCAGCCAAAGAAAUAGGUAACUUCAUAAAGGCAAACAAAAAUGCUAUUUCAGACUUUGCAACAGACGAGCAUAUAAAAUUUAUUUUUUCCCCGGCGCACGCUCCUCAUUUCGGUGGCCUCUGGGAGGCCGGAGUUAAAUCAGCCAAAUUUCACAUUCGUCGCGUUAUGGGUAACACCCAUCUUACUUUCGAAGAAUUAGGUACUUUAUUUACGCAAGUCGAGGCAAUAUUAAAUAGUAGACCUUUAUGUCCUUUAUCAUCCAAUCCUAACGAUUACCGUUCCCUAACCCCGGGACACUUUUUGAUAGGUCGGUCAUUGCUAUCGCUACCAUCUCCGUCACUCAACGACAAGAGCACCAAUCAUCUUCAACGCUAUGCAAGACUGGAACAAAUACGACAACAUUUUUGGCAGCGUUGGCAGAAGGAAUACGUGUCGGAGCUACAACAGCGAUGCAAAUGGAAAACUGAUUGCUCAACAUUACAAGAAGGAGAUCUAGUUCUACUAAUGGAGGAUAAUUUACCUCCACUAUCCUGGAAACUGGCAAGAGUGUUACGUCUAUUUCCCGGAUCAGACGCCGUAUCGCGAGUUGCAGAGCUGCGGACAUCUACGGGCGCCACCUACCGAAGACCAUUGGCCAAACUCUGCCCUCUUCUAUCCGGGGCCGAGCUAUGAAGUUGAAAGCGGUGCUUUCCACGGAGGGGAGGAUGUUCGAGCGCCUACGACUACUAAAUAGCAACACGAUAAAUUUACAACCACCGGCACGCUAACAUUUCUUACUACCGACCAA